CUCAUACAACAAUUACAACGGUCCAUUCAGUGUACACGCACAUCACACAUCAGACCCCCUACAACAAUCUCGAGGAGGGAAUCGACAUAAUAAUACUACAUACGUCCAACCUCGCGCCGCUGCCACUUUGGAAUCCAGCAUGCGCUCCUUCCGCUUUGGACCACCAUGAACCGUAGCUGUAUAGCUACCCUUCAUUCUCCGCAGACAUCAUGGCGAAUUCAAUCGUUUCCGAGCCAUUGAACCCACAUACCGGCUUCAACUGGGUAUUCCUGGUUGAAAUGCUGAUUUGUGGGAUCCUUACAAUCUUCUUUCUCUUCUACUUCAAUCGGCUCUUUGCGACCUUUGUUUCCUACGGCAUUCGAGCGUAUACGUGGCACACAUUCCAUGCCUAUAUCGACAUCCAAGCGUUACAAUUCUCUUUAUUGGGAGGUCGGUUGUUUUUCAAAGAUAUAAGAUACCAUGGUCACAACGAAACGAUUUUAAUCCAUGGGGGAUACAUAACUUGGCAAUAUUGGACUCGAAGGGUGCGCGACGCCGAGAUCUUCAAUGAAGAAUCACCUCCUGCAUCCGAGGCUGGCGAUGCCGCCUCUAGUACCAACAGAAGCCGAUCAGACAGUAGACCCGGAAGUCGAGGCAGGACCGUAGACAGUGCCGAGGCGGGCGGAAAGCAGGCGCGGAAGAGGCUGCCAUGUCGGAUAUCAAUCAAAGUUUCUGGACUGGAGGCCUUCAUGUACAACCGCACCCCAGCAUACGAUGGCAUCAUCGAUGCUAUGCAACGCAAAGCCAAAGCCGACAAACAGGACAAAGGCCAUGACGACCUAGGGCCCGCCAAUACCAAAGAGGGAUCGUACGCAAGCUCUAUCAAACCACACGAGGAUCAUCAUAAUAAGCUACGGAAAUCCCAGCCUCCUGAUCCUGGCGACAUCCCAAGACCAGAGACCGAUACCUCGGCGACUCCCAAAACCAAAAAGGAUGAUAUCCCUGCUUUUCUGAAGAUAUUACCCAUAUACUUUGAUUGCACCAAAGGUGCAGUCGUAAUUGGAAACGAGCAUACCAAGUCCGUCAUCACCGCGCAGUUUGAAAAGGCAAGUGGCGAGUUCGAUGCUGCCAGGAGUGGCCCCUUGGACGUGUAUCAGCAAGUUUUCAAUCUUCAGGUCACGAAUACAGUUGUGCAUAUGAAGCCUAAUCCCGAUUUCAAAGCAUCUCAAUUGGAGACAGCCGAGCGGUUGAAGAAGGAACUUGAUCCCGAUUUCACGGACGAUGAGAUAGAUGAAAAGCAGCAGACGGUGUCGAGAAAAGAACGUUGGCAUUGGUCUGAUCAUUUCCCUCGAAUACCGAAGCUGUCUGGGUUGUUUUCAAGUUCGAGUGACUCCAUUCACACCCAUACAAAGUCGAGGAAAAAGAGCAUUGCCCCUCCGCAGUACGUUCAAGGGCAACGCCAAUGGAAGGGUCUCUCUCGCUACCUUGAUGAGAGCCUCAACGAUGGGUACGGAGAAUGGGAUGGUGUGGAAUAUGGCUUGUCCUCCAUGAUCGCGGACUGUCCUUGUAUAAAUGUCAGCUUCUAUUGGGAUGUAGUUGGCCCUGUGCCCUCUGAGCUCGAGAACAGCUUGCACACGAGUCCGGAAUUUGCAAAGGACAUCAAUGGGAGCAUACCACCUGAAUAUGGUGUUGAUGUCCAAGUGUAUGGGGGGACCAUCAACUACGGACCUUGGGCCGACCGCCAUCGUGGGGUUUUUCAGAAUAUUUUCUUCCCGGGUGCCCACGUCGACGCCGUGCCAGCGGCUUCACUACUACCGGGCCAACUUCGUGCCCUCUCGAAAUUCAAAUUAUAUCUCUGCUUCGAGGAAGACACGGUUCUCCGCAUCCCAGUCCGUGAGCCUUCUAAAGACUUGAAAUGGAAAGGCAAAGCACACACGUUAGCUGGUCAGGGGAAGCAGGCCACUGAAAAGCCAAAAGCAAAGACCAAGUCUCGACGCAAAUCAUUUCGAUUUAGGCAAGGGGAGAAGUCAACCUCAGGCGCCAAUGUUCGACCCUUUGGGUGGAUGGACAUCAAAGUCUCACGUAACUCUUCCGUGAACUACUUCAUGGACAUGGUGGCAUCACCAGACGGGUUUCACAAUAAGCUUGCCGUUGAUAUCGUGAGCAGCGAAAUAUCUUCCAGCGUUAAUCACGGGCUGUUGUGGCGCUCUGGUCCACUCGGGCUUGAUUGCGACCUUUCGAAUCCUCUCAGCUGGAAUAGCUUACGCAAAUGGAUGUUCAACAUUACCUGUCAAGACCUCGAGCUUUUCCUUCUCCGCGACCAUCUUUUUCUCCUCACUGAUCUUGUCGCAGAUUGGGGAUCGGGACCCGCCUCCGACUAUUUCAACUUUGUACCGUUUCAGUACUUUUUGAAUAUCGACUUCAAUCAUUUCAAAAUAUACUUGAAUACCAACGACUCAAACAUCGUUAACAACCCGUCUGAUCUUGACGACAACAAUUUCGUCAUGCUUCAUGGGGAACGACUGCAUGGAGAUGUACUCAUACCUCUUGACCGGUACAAGCCUUUACAGAACGAGAUCCGAUUCGACGUAAAAGGGAGGCAUCUCGGAUUAGAAUUGUGUAUGCCAUCCAAAAACACACUCAAGACAUUUGUUCCGUCCAAAAAAGUGGCCAGCCUUGGUGGAUUAACUUUGAAAGGAUCCCACACAAUAAUGACAGAGACUUCACCCAUGAACACGGAUAGACUCUUCAUGGACAUUCGUGGCGACCGUCUCACGUUGGAGCUAUACGGCUGGCUUGUUAAUCAAUUCAUGAAGAUCAAAGACAAUUACUUUGGCGACGACAUGCACUUCAAAACCCUCGAAGAAUUCCAAGGCCUUCCUAGUACAAAUCUUGCGAAUGAUACUAGUACGCCCAAUAGUCAGCCGAGCAAAUUGUCGAAUGACCUCGAUGUCAUUCUUUCUGUUUCUGCGGAUAACAGCGCCGUCCUUCUACCUGCAAACCUUUACUCGUCAGAAUGCAGUCUUCGUGCCGAACUACCCUUCGUGACCGCGGAUCUUCGAUUCACCAACUAUUACAUGGACCUUGCGGUAAAUUUUAGCCCUAUCAGCGUUUCACUGGGCACUUCCAUUAUCAGCGCGGGCAUACCGAAUGAUACCAGUGGACGCACAGAAAUCUAUAUUGACUCAAUCGGAAUUUUCGGACAUCGCCUUUUCGGUCUUCCACCCACUGAGCCGACGUACGUUUGUAAUUGGGACUUUGAUGUUGGCAAGAUAUCGGGUGAAUGUACCCCUGAAUUCAUACAGAAGGCUGCCGGGGUGGCCAGAUCCUUUGCCUUCUCGUUCGACGACGACGAGAAUUCACUCCAUGUUGCUGAUCCUCUGGUGAUCCAUGACGCUACUUUCCUGCGCUUGAAAACUCAAGAUAUCCAUGUUUGGCUUCAUAUCGAAUCGGAAGCUGUACUUGUCAGUACUGGGCACAUAACCCUCGACUUCAACGAUCUUGCAGGAAGCACGUUUUCUCAACGCCUAAGUGCCCUUGUCCCCAAUCUCACUAUUAGCUCUGUCGAUGCACGGUCCGCUUCAAGACACAGGACGCCCAGUGGAGAGAAAAACAUAGUCAAGACGCAUGCAUUCAUGCAGACAACUCUGUCUCUAAACAUGUUGAAUCGGAAGAUUGGCUUCACAGAGGAACGAAAUAAGCAACAAGCUCAUCUACAAGAACAUGAUCGACGAACGAACAGGGCACAGUUCAUGUUUCACGAAAGCCCAUCGUCACUCUACCCUCAUGGCGACCGGCAACAAAAUAUUCGCCCUCCUGCAAUGCCAUAUCCAGAGAUACCUCAUCCCGUCUUCCUGUUCCAGCCUGGACAAGUCGAAAAUGGCUCUGUAUCCUCUGGUAACUACUCUGAGACAAUCUCUACACGAGGGCGACAAGGUCGUUCUGGUUCUGUAGGCGCAGCGUCCAAGGGUUCGUUCGCUGCGAGCAUCAGAUCGACUCGUCGGCGAAAACAUGUAAGCCCUGCCGUUGUUUCAAGCGGAAGCGAGACACUGCUUGGCCGUUCCCCAUCUCGUACAGCGAGAGUCAGACGCCCACAGGGCCUGCUAUCCGAUGAAGAGAUUAUCAGGCGGAAUCUACCUCCCUCAUCCGUGGCGUUGUCAAGUUCUCUUGCGGCCCCAUACUUUCCUCUCGAUCAAAUCGAUCCAGAUUUGUCCGAGGUGCCAUCUUUCCCUUCGGUCAAAUCCCAAGUUGACAAAACGGACGCCGAUGCUGUAGUGUUCAACGACGUCUCUUCCAGAAAUUUAGACGAAAGUUUCAAACAUACCAGUUUUCUUGUAAGUGCGGAGCCUGGCAUUCGGAUCCAUUGCACCCCGGCAGCUGUCCGCUGCGUUUCGAACUUGAUCGAUAUUGUCCAGCCCAGUCGCCCCGAGGAUCUCCUAGAUGACUUCCAGGUUACUGUUAUGACCAAAAUUCUUGAUCACCAAAAGCGCCGCGAGGGCCAUGGCAAAUCUAUCGAACUCAACGUGCGGAUACCAUUCGUCCAUACUCGCUUUCAGAAUGACUUCAGAGCUACAUCAGAGACCACAGGGGGGACAGAUCAAUACGAUCUCAUCCUUAAUCAGCUCAACCUUUCAGCCCGUAUCAAGAGCUUGCAAGGAGAGCGGGCAGGAGAGAAUACCACUUCCCUCCAUACAACACUAGGCUCAUUGGGACUUUCCAUCACCGAACGAACUCCAAGUGGGCCAAAAGACGACGUGGCUGUGCAAGCUGAGAUACGUGAUGUUCUCGUUUGGAUGCUAAGAGGCCGGGAAACGGCGGUUAACCUGACUUUCAGAGCGUUUGAAGUUGCGACAGCUAGCAGAAAGAUCGAGUACCUGGCUUCGCUUAUCCACCGCACCACAAUACUUGGUGAAGAGCUUGCGGCCGAUUUUGUCCACGUUAGCGAGCAACCCAAAGCUAGGCUUCAAUACCUUGCGUGGUACCUAACACGUACACAAGAGCAGACAGAAGACGAGUAUCCUGAUGCUCCGUUCUUGACGAAGGCGUCGUACGCACUGCGCGCCGCCAGAGACCAUCUACGUAGUCAUGAUUCAUGGAAGAUUAUAUCACGCUUCCGCUAUAUCUAUCAAUGUCUGCCAGUAAACGAAAAGGCACUCCUUCUACAGCGCUGUUCACAGCAGUCCGUCAGUUGCCCAGCCGGCUCCGAAGAGAAGGUCAUUUCGUUAUGGGACCAGUGGCGAACAUGGGAUCUAGCGCACGUCAAGAACAGUCUCGCUAUGAUUAAACUGUUUGGAUCUGGCAACAUGGACGGCCCUCCUUCUUCAACCAUCCCAGUGUCCUUGGAUAUCAAGUCGCAAGAUAUCAAGUUCAUCCUCGAUCCCGGUCCAAAGCAGACGGAGGCUUCUCUGCAUGUUUUGAGUGUCAACGUCGCUUUUAUACCCCCACCAGCACCAACAGGCCUUAUGCUCAUGGGCACGGAGUCGCCAGUGACGUCCACUGUAGUCCAGGUCAACACCCGAGAGACCGCGAUCCAGAUCAGUUGGGAGAUAUGCGAGCUCCUGGAAAUUUUGAUCAAGAUGUUUCAAAAGGAAAGUGUCACCUUCAAGAAGGGGGAUAUGGCCUGCGAUCUUACAGGGGAACCACCACCGCCCAAGCCCCCCAAGAUCACUGAUUUCCAUUUCGUGUACGUUUCCGAUGUGACUAAAAUCAGCCUGGACACAAUCAAUCUCCGUGGACUAUCUACCGGGCGGCGUUUCCGACUCUCUGUAGCUGGGUCACAAAGUAGUCGCAAGGAAGACCCCGCCACGAUCACAGUGAUAACUAAUCUCGAGAAUGCUGUUCUCGAGCUCUUCUCCCGGUCGAAGGUGCUUCUGAAGUCGCAAUUCGAAUUCCCAAGUAUCUACUUCGCUCAUUGCGAUCAUGGAACUGGCAGCAGCAUUCCCGACGAGAUCAAGCUUCUCGCAGCCAGUCGAACAAUCAAAGUUGCGGUUGAAGAAAAUAUCUUGGGCUUCCUCGAAGUCGCAGACAAUGUUAUGCGUGAAGAGGUGGCCUACGUUCAUCGUCAAAUCAAGGCGCUAGAGCAUUCCUUCAAGAAGACAGAUGACAUGGUUCUAUCAAACGCUCGAGUUGGACCGGCUCAACUUCCGAACAUUACCCUCGCACUGUUCAUGGACUUCUAUACGGUGGACCUAGCCUUGUUACAAUCCCUCACUUGGUCGAUUCAGGGUGGGUCUGGUCGCAUUUCCGUUGUGCCAAAGUUGAGCAGGAACGUAACUUUACGCGUUGAUUAUGAUCUCGCGGCGCACACGCACCGAAUGCUUAGUACCUCUCUCCAGAGUUCUAAUGUGAUCAGCUGCCUAGAACUGCCACCCUUGAAUGGUCGCUUGACAGUUACGAAUACCCAGACCGAAACUAGGAUCGAUGCGUCCGGCAUCAUUGAAACAGUUCGUCUGGAGGCUUCUGAAAUUCAAGCAAUAGUCUCAACCAUCAAUCAGCCAGAGAUAGCUAAUGUCAUACACGCCAUCAAGGACGACAUUGCUAUUCUGACAAAUCAUAUCGAAGAGAUCUUCCCGAAGACACCUCAAACUCCAAUCAUCAAAGAACCCAAGGCAUCACAAACAAUCCUCUUUGGCGUUGAAAUGACUCUGUCUGGUCUCCAUGUGAUCGCCAAUGCUCCGGGUCAACUUCCAGAUUCACCGACCGCAAGUCUGAAUGUUGGUUUCUCCUGCGUGCAAAUCAAAGCUACAAAUAUCGGCUCCGACGGUACUAUUUUGGUACUUCCUGAAGCUAUCGCACAACUGUAUAAGAUUAACGUAGAUCUUACUUUAUCAGACUCGGAGGGUGUCCGCCGUUGUGGUAAUGUCACAGUCGACGCUACACUUCAAGCAACAGCAGAAAAUGAAGCGGGCUCACUUCGCAGAGCAUACCGUGUCCGAAGCUCUGGCCUAGAAGUCAACAUGUUUGCAGACACUGCCUCGGCCGUGGUAGACGUGCUGAAUCAUCUUCAGGAUAAGAUCAAAGAUCUAGAUCUAUCCAAGGAAAAGAAGUACUUAAAGAGGCUACGGCAUACGAAGAGUCGCGCACUACAGAAGCCGGCACCAGGUGACAUGGUGCCCGAGAAAGAUAAUGACGUCCCUGAUGCCCUAUUUAAUUCUUCUUACUCAGUAGAGCUUCUUGACAUUCAGAUCAGCUGGAUUGUGGGAACAUCAAUACCGCCCUAUGCCCGAACUGAGGCUGAAGACCUGGUUCUAUCGUUUAGAAGAAUUGACCUGUCCACUCGCAAGGGCGAUGCCGCGCGUUUGAUGAUUGAGGAUAUGCAAUUACAAAUGGUCCCCAUCAACAACGACAAGAAGAUCCGGUCGCUAAGCUCGGCCCUCCUUCCAGAGAUUGUCUUUAAUGUCGCAUAUAGUUCUACUGUGGACACUCGCAAGAUAGCUUUCCAGGCCGCUGGCAAAUCUUUGGACCUUCGCUUGGAUUCUCGCUUCAUCUUGCCUGCCAAUGUCAUCGAACGUUCCAUCGCACUUGCGGGCAAGAAGUUCCGCGCAGCAUCUGCCAACUGGAAAAUGACACCAACGACCAGCGGUGCCGAGCGCAAAAAGGUUUUCGGCAAUAAAAGGCUCGCGUCACUUCUCGUCGACGCGAAUUUCGCAGGUGCUGUUGUCCACAUCAAUGGCAGCGAGGUGCUGGCCCCUAAAGGCAGCAAAGAGAACCGCUCGCAACAGACAGGCAGGUACAGUCAGUUCGUUGGAGAUGGCAGUAAAAGUAGCAUGGCCCUGCGCGCUCCUGGCGUCGCACUUAAAGUUGAGUUCAAAGACGAUGGCAAUGAUCCCUCUCUGAAUGCCGAGUUGCGCGUUGAUGGAUCGAACAACACCCUCUACCCCACGGUCGUUCCUCUGAUUAUCGACAUUUCGGAUAGCAUUAAACAAGUUGUCCGCGAAAAGGAUGAAGAGACCCCGGAGGCAGAAGUCAAAUCGGAGCAAGAGACGAUCAAGCCGGCAGCGAAACUUCUAGAGGACGAUAAUAUUAUCACGGCCGAUCCAAGUACCAUUCUAGGAGGAACACGUCUUAAUCUCGGUUUACGAAUCUGCAAACAAGAAUUCAGUCUUAGUUGCCAACCGAUUGCGAGAGUUGCGGCCAUAGCCAAGUUAGCCGACAUUUAUGUCACGAUCAACAGCGUCAAAUCGCAGGAUCAAGGUCACUUCUUCGCGGUGUCGGCUGCAUUCGAAAAGCUAGAGGCAACAGUUCAACAUGUGUAUUCACGAGAGUCUACGUUUGGUUUCGAUGUCGAGUCGAUCGUUCUCUCCCUCAUGAACAGUAAGCACCUGAGUGGCACAAGCGGAAUUUCUGCCAUCCUCAAGAUAAAUCCAAUGGCACUACAAGUCAACGCUCGCCAACUCCAAGACUUCCUGCUCUUCAGAGAGAUUUGGUACCCACCAGAGAUUCGCCAAUCGUCCAAGCCGCCAACAGCUAUUCCGAAUCAAGAACCACAGGAGUACCUCAUGCAACGUUACCAGCAAGUUACUGCUGCUACUGCCUUCCCAUGGAAUGCCAAUAUCGCCAUUGCAGAUGUGUCCGUCGAACUUGAUCUUGGUCAGGCUAUCGGCAAGACAUCGCUGAACAUCCACAACAUGUGGGCAUCGUCCAAGAAGAGCACAGAUUGGGAACAAAAUCUGUGCAUAGGUGUUGAAAGGGUUGGGAUUGAGAGUACAGGCAGAACGAGCGGGUUUGUUGAGCUCACCACAGUGAAAAUACGCACAUCGAUCGGCUGGCCCAACCACACUCCGAAUGCUAAGCAAACGCCUUUGGUUCAGGCAUCACUGGGUUUUGGCCAGUUGCGCGCCAAAGCUGGCUUCGAUUACCAGACCUUCAUGAUUGCGGAUAUUGCCAACUUCGACUUCCUCAUGUACAACGUUCGGGAGAAUACUAAAGGCGCAAGAGACCGGCUGGUGGCAAUUCUUGAUGGUGAUCGGGUCCAUGUGUUCUGUACUGCGACAAGCGCUGCGCAAGGUCUUGCUCUCUGGCAAGCCAUCGAACGGCUUGUCCAGGAAAAUCAGCAAGCGUACACACAGUCCCUCAAGGACGUCGAGAAAUUCUUGCGCCGAAAGACCUCCACGACACCUUACAGCCGUUCACCCUCGCAGGCCAUGAUUGCGAGCAAGGCAAAGCAAGAUGAUGUCAAGACACCGAUUUCAUUGCACACAGACGUCGUUCUCACUCUUCGAUCUAUCAACAUUGGCGUUUACCCGUCUACAUUUGUCGACCCUCAAAUAUUCGUCCUGUUGGCCUCUGAUGCCCAAGCACGCUUCGCUGUGGCGCUUGAAUCAGGAAAGAUUCACUCAGGGCUCGGCAUGACCCUGGGACAACUCAGCGUUGCGCUAUCGACUAUCUCAGCGCCUAAGAAAUCUAUUUCCAUCUCCGACCUUUCUGUGGAUGACAUCCUGGCGAAUGCGCGCUCCGCGAAGGGAGGAACCAUCUUGCGCGUCCCCAAACUGGUUGCUGGUAUGCACACAUGGCAGGUACCCCACAGUGACAAGAUUGACUACAUCUUCAAGAGCGCCUUGGAGGGCAAGGUGGACGUCGGGUGGAACUACAACCGAAUAUCCUACAUCCGCAACAUGUGGGCCAACCACUCUCGAUCGCUCGCCUCCCGUCUCGGCAAGCCGCUCCCAGAGUCCAACAUCAAGAUUAGGCAGGCUAGCGCCUCACCUCAGCCAGACAAAUCAGGCCCUUCUUCGUCCCCAGAGAUGAACCCAGCCAAAACAGAGGGUCUAGCAACUGGACAAGAGAAAAUCACGGCAGAGAUCAAUGUCCCGCAGAGCAGAUACACGUACACGGCACUCGAGCCUCCUCUCAUCGAGACACCGCAGCUUCGAGACAUGGGCGAAGCGACCCCGCCGCUCGAGUGGAUUGGUCUGCACAGAGAUCGUUUGCCGAAUGUCACCCACCAAAUCGUCAUCGUCACACUGCUUGAGGUGGCUAGGGAAGUCGAGGAGGCGUAUGAGAGGAUCUUGGGCAGUUCCUAAAUCCUUCUCUCGUCCAUUAUUGUUCAUUCGCUCUACAGAGCACAAGCUUUAUUUCCUUUGCAUUUCUGGGAACGGAUUUUUCUAUUCCAGUGUUUUAUAUUUGGCGCAGAUGAAGAGAGAACUUGUACAUACAUACCCCUGACUUGACGUCACACACGAUCGCAUUUGCGAGGAUUUGUUUAUAGAAAAAGUUAUAUGUAAUAAAUAAGGAC